AUGUCACUCGGAAACGAAGAGAUAAAAGCCCAUUCCUCGGCUGCUGCCCACAGCCCCGCGGACAUCUCUGAGGAGCCCCUGCCCCGAGAUUUCGAGUAUGGGACGGCCACGGCUGCGUACCAGAUCGAAGGAGGUGCAUAUCAAGACGACAAAGGGCUUUCCAUCUGGGAUGACUUCACCCAUCAGGAGCCCAGCAGGAGCAGCGGGACAAACGGCGAUGUCACAUGCGACCACUACAACCGCUUCGAGCAAGAUGUCGCUCUGAUGAAGUCCUACGGCGUCGACAGCUACCGGUUCUCGAUCAGCUGGCCGCGUAUCAUCCCCCUCGGAGGCCGUAGGGACCCCGUCAACGAGAAGGGUGUCGACUUUUAUAAUCGUCUCAUCGACUGCCUCCUCGCGCACAAGAUCAAACCCAUCGUGACGCUGUUCCACUGGGACCUGCCUCUCGAGCUCGAGAAGCGCUAUGGCGGCCUUCUCAACACGGACGAGUUCCAAAGGGACUUUGAGAGCUAUGCUCGCGUCUGCUACGCGCGCUUCGGCGACCGUGUUGGGAGGUGGAUCACCUUCAACGAGCCCUACAUCUUCAGCAUCAUGGGGUACCACAUGGGCGUCUUCGCACCGGGCCACAACGAGGCCGGUGGCUUCGACACAACGAGGGAGCCCUGGCGGGUGGUGCACAGCAUGAUCGUCGCCCACGCCAGCGCCGUCGAGGCGUACGCUUCAGAGUUCAAGGACCAGCAGCACGGGGAGAUCUCCAUCACGCUCAACGCCGAGUACGCGGAGCCCUUCGACCCGGCCAGCGAAGCCGAUCGCAUGGCGUCGCAGCGCCGCAUGGAAUUCUACCUGGGCUGGGUGGCGGAUCCCGUCUUCCUCGGCGCCGACUACCCCAUCGCGAUGCGCGCCCAGCUCGGAUCCCGCCUCCCUGACUUCACGCCCGAGCAGAGACGUCUUGUCCGGCGCACUGCCCCUCUCAACACGUUCUUCGGGCUGAACCACUACUCGUCGCGCUAUGCGCGCGCGCGGGACGCGGCGCCGGCGCCGGACAACUUCAACGGAAACGUCGAGGAACUGCACUUCAAUUCGGCCGGCGAGGACAUUGGCCCGCUCUCCGGCGUGUUCUGGCUGCGGGCUGCGCCGGAGCAGUUCCGCAAGCUGUUGAGGUGGAUCUGGACGCGCUACAGCAGGCCGAUCUACAUCACCGAGAACGGGACCGUCUGUCCGGACGAGGAGAAGCUGCCGGUCGAACAAGCCGUCAAGGAUGACUUCCGAGUCCGGUACAUCGCGAUGUAUCUCAACUCUGUCUCCAAAGCCAUCUAUGAGGACGGCGUCGUUGUCAAGAGCUACACGGCCUGGAGCCUGAUGGAUAAUCUCGAGUGGUCCGCGGGUUAUGCGCACCGUUUCGGCAUCACGCAUGUCGAUUUCGACACCCUUGUCCGCACGCCGAAGCAGUCUGCUUUCUACCUCCGUGAGACCAUGGAACGACGAAGGGGGCGAGUAUCGAAUGGACUCAAGGCGUCGUGA